GACCUGUCAAACCGAGCUCGAAACAACCAACCAGCUAUUCCACUUUGAAUCACUUACAGCCAUCCACCGAAAAAGUAAAUUUCUAAGAAUCUUUGUCGCAUUAAUAAAAAAACAUGGAUAUUAGACUAUUGCGCUCGUCGGAUAUUCCGCAUGUUCAACAUGCCAACAUCACCAAUCUCCCCGAAAACUAUUUCAUGAAAUAUUACCUCUACCAUGCCCUCUCCUGGCCACAACUCUCCUUCGUCGCAGUCGACGUCUCGCGUCCCCAGAAAACCCCCUACGACUACCCCCGCAUCGUCGGCUAUGUCCUUGCGAAAAUGGAAGAAGAUCCUGCCGAUGGCGUUCAACACGGUCACAUUACCAGUCUGAGUGUUAUGCGCACCCAUCGACGUCUUGGAAUUGCUGAAAAACUCAUGAGACAGAGUCAAAAAGCCAUGGUCGAAACCUUCUCCGCACAAUACGUCUCCCUGCACGUCCGCGUCUCCAACCAAGCCGCGCUGCGUCUCUACCGCGACACUCUCGGUUUCCAGACGGAAAAAAUCGAGGCAAAGUACUAUGCCGAUGGCGAAGAUGCCUAUUCGAUGAAUUUGGAUCUGUCGUAUAUCCGGGAGCAGAUAUUGGAUGAGGAGGAGGGGGACGAGGGCGAGGCGGUCGGGAGCGCAGGAAGCGCAAAGGAUGUGAAGGCGAUUGAGGAGGGGAAGGAUGCAGAGGCGGGCGAAAAGAAGAGGAAGGUCAAGGUAGGGAGGGGAUUGGGGGUGGGCGAGCUGGUGGAGAAGAACGAGGCGUUGCCUAUUAGGGAGGAGAAGUGAUGCAUGGACUACCUUAUCUGUGGCGCUUUCUCGUUUCGAGAGCAAGGAUGAACGAGGGUUAUGGAAUGGAUAUGAUAUGAUAUGAUAUGAUGUGAUGUGAUGUGUAGGACAUGCUGUAGGAGGAUUGCAUAUAUUCCUGGAGUCUAAAAGUCAUUUUCAUCGUGUUGGUUUGUUGGUCGUGGCUUUGGAGAUGGUAUGACGACAGACAUGUCGUAUCUAGGGAAAGAUGCUGCUCUUGUGAAAACACGAAUGUAGUUUGCAUACCGAGUACAUCAUGGAAGCCCGAGUGGGAGAGAGGAAUCUUCUCUCAAGUAAGAUUACUUAUAAAGUCUAAAUAUAGAUCAUCUAGAUUGAGAAUCAAAAACACUCGAUAUCUUGCA